AUGCCCGGCUGGCCCUGGGGGCUGCUGCUGGCCGCGGGCACGCUCUCGGCCGCGCUGAGCCCGGGGCCGCCGGGGCCCGCCGACCCCUGCCAUGACGAGGGGGGCGCGCCCCGCGGUUGCGUGCCCGGCCUGGUGAACGCGGCCUUGGGCCGCGAGGUGCUGGCGUCCAGCACGUGCGGACGGCCGGCCACGCGGGCCUGCGACGCUUCGGACCCGCGGCGGGCACACCCCGCCGCCCUCCUGACCUCUGCAGGGGGCACCACAAGCCCGGUGUGCUGGCGUUCGGACUCGCUGACGCAGGUGCCCCUCAACAUCACCCUCACAGUGCCCCUCGGCAAGGCUUUUGAGCUGGUGUUCGUGAGCCUGCGCUUCUGCUCUGCACCCCCCACUUCGGUGGCCCUGCUCAAGUCGCAGGACCAUGGCCGAAGCUGGACCCCACUGGGCUUCUUCUCCUCCCGCUGUGGCCUGGACUAUGGCCGCGUGCCUGCCCCUGCCGAUGGCCCAGCUGGCCUGGGGCCCGAAGCCCUGUGCUUCCCUGAGCCCCAGGCCCAGCCUGAUGGGGGUGGCCUUCUGGCCUUCAGCGUGCAGGACGGCAGCCCGCCAGGCCUGGAUCUGGACAGCAGCCCGGUGCUCCAAGACUGGGUGACCGCCACAGACAUUCAAGUAGUGCUCACAAGGCCUACUAUGCUGGGGGACACGAGGGACGCCACGGCCAUGGUCCCUUACUCUUACUCAGCCACUGAGCUCCAGGUGGGCGGGCGCUGCAAGUGCAAUGGGCAUGCCUCCAGGUGCCUGCUGGACACCCAGGGCCAUCUGAUCUGCGACUGCCGGCAUGGCACCGAGGGCCCUGACUGCGGCCGCUGCAAGCCCUUCUACUGCGACAGGCCAUGGCAGCGGGCCACGGCCCGGGAAGCCCACGCCUGCCUUGCUUGCUCCUGCAAUGGCCAUGCCCGCCGCUGCCGCUUCAACAUGGAGCUGUACCGACUGUCUGGCCGCCGCAGUGGAGGUGUCUGCCUCAACUGCCGGCAUAAUACUGCUGGCCGGCACUGCCACUACUGCCAGGAGGGCUUCUAUCGAGACCCAGGCCGUGCCCUGAGUGACCGCCGCGCUUGUAGGGCCUGUGACUGUCACCCUGUUGGUGCUGCUGGCAAAACCUGCAACCAGACCACAGGCCAGUGUCCCUGCAAGGAUGGCGUCACUGGCCUCACCUGCAACCGCUGUGCCCCUGGCUUCCAGCAGAGCCGCUCUCCAGUGGCACCCUGCGUUAAGACCCCUGUCCCUGGACCCACUGAGGAGAGCAGCCCUGUGGAGCCCCAGGACUGCGACUUGCACUGCAAACCUGCCCGUGGCAGCUACCGCAUCAGCUUGAAGAAGUUCUGCAGGAAGGACUACGCGGUGCAGGUGGCGGUGCGCGCUCGCGGCGAGGCGCGCGGCUCCUGGACGCGCUUCCCGGUGGCCGUGCUCGCCGUGUUCCGGAGCGGCGAGGAUCGCGCGCGGCGCGGGAGCAGCGCGCUGUGGGUGCCUGCGCGGGACGCCGCCUGCGGCUGCCCGCGCCUACUACCCGACCGCAGCUACCUGCUGCUGGGGGGCGGGCCGGGGGCCGCGGCCGGGGGUCCCGAGGGCCGGGGGCCCGGGCUCAGCGCCGCCCGCGGGAGCCUCGUGUUGCCCUGGCGGGAUGCGUGGACGAGGCGCCUUCGGAGGCUGCAGAGGCGCGAGCGGCGGGGGCGCUGCGGGGCAGCCUGA